ACUGACGAAAACCCAUGUGAAGGAUUAAGUCGACAUGCUACGUUUGAGAACUUUGGAAUGGCCUUUUUAACGUUAUUCAGAGUAUGGACGGGGGACAACUGGAAUGGCAUAAUGAAGGACACUCUGCGAGAGUGCGAUCAAGCAGAAGAUAAGAACUGCGUCUCCUAUCUGCCUCUGGUCUCCCCCAUCUACUUCGUCACCUUUGUGCUGAUGGCUCAGUUUGUGAUGGUUAACGUGGUGGUGGCUGUAUUGAUGAAACACCUGGAGCAGAGCAAUAAGAACGCUAAAGAUGAUGCAGAAAUGGACGCUGAGAUUGAGAUGGAGAUGAAAAUGGCUCGCCGUCUCAGCAACGUCUCAGCAGGGAGUUCUUCAGAGUCUGAAGGCAGGGCAACUUAUGUUGGACCACCCCCAAAUUCACCCAGACAGGUAUACAUGCCCUGGUUUGCCUGAAUUACUC